CAAUCAACACGACAGUCUAAGGCGCGUGCCUGAUCAAUGAACCAUCUGUCGAUGGAGCGGAUUAAAGGCCGGCGGAGGACCCUAUAUGUUGUAGUCCCUCCGACAGCGCUGGCGUAGUUCUCAUUUAGCAACUCAAAGCUGUUUCAUUAAUUCACUUAUGAGACUCUACUUUUUAAAUGUUUCUCCUGUGUUGAAUAGAAAUAUAUUAUGGAAGUUAUUUGAGCUCUGCAAUUUUGUUGCAUUCUCAGGCGGCGGCUUUGACUCCUCGCCUUUGUUGGGUCCUGGCUGACGGCGCGGGGGCUGAUGGGGCCUACUCAAUAUGUUGCCGUGGAGUCGGAGCCGCCGCCGCCGCUGGGGAAACAGAGCGUGGCAUUUGUGGUUGCUGGUGAGAUAGAGCGGAGCGCUGUUAGGAACUCCAUGGAGAGGAUCCAGAGCGACCGGCUGCGGUUGCUGCUCUGUUUCGUGGCUGUUUUCGUUUGUUACUUUUACUACGGGAUCUUACAGGAGGCCAUAACCAGAAGUAAAUAUGGAGAGCAGCAAGAAACAUUUGUAUAUGCAAAAUCACUUGUGUUUGUCCAGUGUAUUAUUAAUGCUAUUUUUGCCAAACUAAUGUUACAAUUAUUUGAAAAGGCAUCAGUUGAACGAACGCCUCACUGGCUGUAUGCAGUUUGUUCAAUGUCUUACUUAGGGGCCAUGGUCUCCAGUAAUUCUGCCCUCCAGUAUGUCAACUAUCCAACACAGGUUCUAGGAAAAUCAUGCAAGCCCAUUCCAGUGAUGGUUUUAGGAGUCAUUCUUGGAAGGAAAAGGUACCCAUUGGCCAAGUAUCUUUGCGUGUUGCUCAUUGUUCUGGGAGUGGCGUUAUUUAUGUAUAAACCCAACAAAGGAAAGGACAGUGCAAAUGAUCACACCUUUGGAUUUGGAGAAAUGUUAUUAUUGGCCUCCUUAACCUUGGACGGAUUGACUGGAGUAGCACAAGAACACAUGAGAGCUAAUUUCCAGACUGGUUCAAAUCAGAUGAUGCUGAAUAUUAAUGUUUGGUCUAGUUUGUUCCUGGGAAUAGGAGUUUUUUGUACUGGAGAAAUAUGGGAAUUUCUGAAUUUCACUGAGCGCCACCCCAGUAUUCUGUACAAGAUACUUUUGUUUGGUUUAACUAGUGCUUUGGGCCAGAGUUUCAUAUUUAUGACUGUUGUUUACUUUGGACCUCUGACUUGUUCAAUCAUUACUACAACCAGAAAGUUCUUUACCAUCCUUGGUUCUGUGCUUAUUUUUGGUAAUCCCAUUAGCUCCUUGCAAUGGGUGGGCACAGUUUUUGUAUUCCUAGGCCUUGGUUUAGAUGCCAAAUAUGGAAAGGCACCCAAAAAAAAUCAAUAAAUAUUGAAGAUUCACUUGAAGAUUUUCAUCUCCAAGAAUGCUGCCUGAACUUUGAUUUUCUUUUUAUUUCAUGCUUCAGCUGUAAAAGUUUAAAUGUUUAGAUUGCUUUACUUAGUUUCCCCAAGCCUGUGUGUCCACGUCUUUCAAAAAGCUACACUUCAUGUAAAGCAAAAUUUAAUGUGAUUCUCUAUUGCAGUCCUUGGGGCUAGUUAUCUGCAGAUUAUUUGAAAAUACUGAUGGUUAAUUUUUGAAGUGCAAAAGAAAUCUGCAGAUGUUGGAAAUUGGAGGUUAAACAGAAAAUGCUGGAAAUAAUCAAUAGAUGAGGCACUACAUGAAAGAGAAAUGGGUACUUGUUAGGUUGAUAACUUUAUAAAAGAUCAAUGACCUGAAAUAUUACUUUUCUCUUUUCAUGAUGCUACUGGAUCUGCUAGAUUCUCAGCACUGUCUAUUUUUAUUCUUGUUUUUGUAUUGUCUGCAAAUCCUCUGUAAUUCAUAUUUUAAUUGUCCACUUAUUAAAAAGUCAGAAGCCUUGUGUUACAAAACUGCAUUGAAUAUAAUUUAUAAGUGGUUCUGUACAAUAUUUGAUAUACUGUAAUCAUAAUUGAAACACUAAAAAGCCUUUUUCAGUUUGAAAUGCCUUGAUGUUUGUUCUGUAUAAUACCCAAGUAUUUUAACAGCUCCAGUCCCAAAAAAGUGUUUUAAAUUACAUUUUAAAAGUAUUUUGAAACUUGAUUUACAUUUAAAUGCACUGUAUGCAAAAUGAUCUUUGGUGAUUAGCUGUGGUGAUUAGAAGAAGAAUGGGCACACUGGAUAUUGAAAAAAAUUUUGGGACAACCUAUGUCAAUGAGCCAUCUGUUGUUUUCCCAAUGUCCCACCUGAUAUACAGAAGUUCUUAAAUCAAAUAAUUUAAUUUCAAAAUAAAAGAUUACAGUGUAUUUAUUGCAGUCUGUGUACAUGGGGGUGUCAUUGUAUCACUGAAGGUAUUGUUACGUACCCCGUAACUGGGUUGCCAAAACCAGCAGAAAUGGAUCACUCAGUUGGAGUCUGGAGUACUAGAACUAAGAAAGUUUUAUUAAAGAAACAAGCAACACAGUAAUCGAAAGGAUAAUAAAUGCAACAAUUCAACAAUGAUAACCACACAUGUGCACAGAAUUAAGAUAACAGCAUCAAUCAAGCUCUAUCGUCGUCUAGGGGUAAAUGACCAAUUUCAAAAUGACUCAAAGUUCAGUUCGCAGUAAUCGUUGCCAUGGCGAUGGACAAGGUGGGGGAAGAGAGACAGAGAGAACAACUCAUCAUUCAGCACAGCUUCACUCACAGACCAGCAAGAUGGCUCACAAACAGCUUUUGGGCGGGUCCUUGGUGAUGUCACCUGAGGUCACCGACUGUGACCCCUCCUCCAGAUGCGGUCGAUCCUCUGCAGUGAACCCGGCACCCAGGCAAGGGCGGACACACACCGGGUUCCCGCUGAUCGUACCUUUCCACCCUUGUCGUUGUCUGGGACUUCUCACCCACUCGUGAGAAGCGCACCGCUUCCAGGGUCUCGUUACCUCGGGUGGCGUGUGUGUCUGUCUUAGCGAACCUGUCCCUUUUUAUCCCCCUGCUGGGGUA